GCCCAUGCUAAAGUUUGGCACACCUAUGACAUGCAGUGGCGAAGCAAACAAAAAGGCCUGGUUGGGAUCUCGCUAACGGCUGACUGGGGGGAACCAGUGGACAUCACCAACCAGAGGGACAUUGAGGCAGCAGAGAGAUACAUCCAGUUCUACAUGGGAUGGUUUGCCACUCCUAUCUUCAACGGAGACUACCCCCAGGUUAUGAAAGAUUAUAUCGGCAGGAAGAGCGGCCAGCAGGGCCUGGGAGCUUCACGGCUGCCGGUCUUCUCGCCUCAGGAGAAGAGCUACAUCAAGGGAACAUGUGACUUCCUGGGCCUCGGCCAUUUCACUACUCGCUACGUAACCCUGAAGAAUUACCCAUCAGGCCUGGGAGACAGCUACUUUGCAGAUCGCGACCUCGCUGAGCUGGUUGACCCACAAUGGCCGGAUCCCGGCUCUGAAUGGCUCUACUCUGUUCCCUGGGGCUUCCGACGCUUGUUGAACUUUGUCAAGACUCAGUACGGAAACCCCAUGAUUUACGUGACAGAAAACGGUGUGUCAGAGAAAAUGGUCUGCACCGACCUCUGUGACGACUGGAGGAUGCAGUACUUCAAAGACUACAUCAAUGAAAUGCUCAAAGCGAUUAAGGACGGGGUGAAUGUAAAGGGCUACACGGCCUGGUCUCUCCUCGACAACUUUGAGUGGGAUGAAGGAUACUCUGAGAGGUUCGGACUCUACUAUGUGGACUUCAGGAGCAAAAACAAACCACGCUACCCGAAGGCCUCUGUCCAGUUCUAUAAACGUAUCAUCAGCUCUAAUGGCUUUCCCAAUCAGAGAGAGGUGGAAAGCUGGAAGAGGAAAGCCGUGGAGACUUGCUCCUCCAGUAACCAGCUCCUGGCUGCAGAUCCGUUGAUAGGCCACAUGGAGAUGGUAACAGAGAUUGUGGUUCCCACAGUGUGUACGCUCUGCAUCCUCCUCAGCGCAAUCUUCCUCAUGUUCCUGCUGCGUGGACGCCUCUGAGAGCACAAACACACACAGAGUCAUAUCCUCUGUGUUCAUCAAACCAGACGACCUGUGGCCUUGAAGCUAAAGAAAUGAAUCUGAGAGUGACUUUUUCAAAGCUGUAAAACUUUAUCCUGUCCAGAGCAUUUUGUUGAUUUACCUGUCCUGCAGUUCUGUUUUGAAUAAACACUUUUCAGGUUGUUA